UCUCUCUCUCUCUCCUCUUCUUCUUCUCCGUCGUUGCGCAACCGCACAGUUUCAUAUCGUUUCACUCUCCUCUCUCCCUUUACCUCAAGUAACGAUUUUGCCGCUAUUGCUUGUAUCAGUACCAACGGUAUCACAGUGUUGAUUUGGUUAGGAAGCGAAAGUAAAGAUAAUAUCUUUUUUUGUUAAUCGGAAUCUCGAAUCUAGGGUUUUAGAGUGGUAGUUUCCAUGGUGGGUUUAAUCUGAUUUUGGGUGUUUUGAAUUGGCAUUGAGAUGGGUAGUAGUAAUGUCGAAAUCCCCAAUUGGCUAAAGGCCAUGCCUUUGGCACCCGUCUUCAGACCCACAGACACCGAGUUCGCAGAUCCCAUUGCUUACAUCUCCAAGAUCGAGAAACAAGCAAGCGCCUUUGGGAUCUGCAAGAUCGUUCCUCCUAUCCCCAAGCCAUCUAAAAAGUACGUCUUUUGCAACUUGAACAAGUCGCUUCUGAGGUGUCCCGAGUUGGCUUCGGGUGUAGACGUUUCGAAGCGUCUUGGCCAAGAGGAUAGAGCUGUGUUCACCACUAGGCAGCAAGAGCUAGGCCAGGCUAGGAAAAAGACUAAAGAGGGUAGUGAUGUUAAGCAGGUGUGGCAGAGUGGUGGCGUGUAUACGUUGGAGCAGUUUGAGUCAAAGUCGAAGGCUUUUUAUAAAAGCCUGUUGGGGACGGUUAAGGAAGUGUCGCCGGUUGUGGUUGAGGCGUUGUUCUGGAGAGCGGCUUCGGAGAAGCCUGUGUAUAUAGAGUAUGCGAACGAUGUCCCUGGCUCGGCUUUUGGCGAGCCGGAGGGGCAUUUCAGGCAUUUCCGGCAGAGGAAGAGGAGAGGGAGAGGGUUUUAUCAGAGGAAGAAUGGUGAGGAAUCGUUGCCUGAGGUGGCGAAGGCAUCUCUUGCUUCUCCGAGUUUAUCAUCUCAAGAUCCAACCAAGAAGAAGAAUAUGGAUGUUGUUGUUGAUGAAAUGGAAGGUACUGCAGGGUGGAAGCUUUCCAAUAGUUCGUGGAACCUUCAGAUGAUCGCGCGUUCGCCUGGCUCUGUGACACGCUUCAUGCCGGAUGACAUACCUGGUGUAACGUCUCCCAUGGUUUAUAUCGGUAUGUUGUUCAGCUGGUUUGCUUGGCACGUUGAGGACCAUGAGCUACACAGUAUGAACUAUCUUCACACUGGCUCGCCAAAGACUUGGUACGCUGUCCCUAGUGAUUAUGCGCUCGAUUUCGAAGAGGUUAUCCGCAAGAAUUCUUAUGGCAGAAACAUUGAUCAACUCGCUGCUCUCACCCAACUAGGCGAAAAGACAACUCUUGUAUCACCUGAGAUGAUAGUUUCAUCUGACAUUCCUUGCUGUAGGUUGGUACAAAAUCCUGGUGAAUUUGUUGUGACUUUCCCGAGGUCUUAUCAUGUAGGAUUCAGCCACGGUUUUAACUGUGGGGAAGCCGCUAAUUUUGGAACUCCACAGUGGCUCAACGUAGCUAAGGAAGCUGCUGUGCGUAGGGCAGCCAUGAAUUAUCUCCCCAUGUUGUCCCAUCAGCAGCUUCUAUAUCUCUUGACCAUGUCCUUUGUUUCAAGAGUGCCACGAUCGUUGCUACCAGGUGGUCGUAGCUCCCGGCUGAGAGAUCGCCAGAGAGAAGAAAGGGAGUUCCUUGUGAAGAAAGCUUUUGUAGAAGAUAUAUUGAACGAAAACAAGAAUCUAUCUGUUCUACUUGGAGAACCGGGCUCUCGUUUGGUGAUGUGGGACCCUGAUUUACUUCCCCGUCAUAGUGCACUGUCUCUUUCAGCUGCUGGAGUUGCUACCACUCCUGCGGUUUCAUCACCAGCAGAGGCAAAAAGUGAAAUUGAGAAUAAGGAGGAGAACCCUAGUCUUUUAGAGGAAUUGAGUUUGUUCAUGGAGAAGCUGAAAGAUGUGUACUACGACGACGAUGAUGGUCAGCUUAAUGAUUUCCAAAUCGAUUCUGGAACGUUGCCAUGUGUGGCGUGCGGCGUUCUUGGCUUCCCCUUUAUGUCUGUGGUACAGCCUUCUGAAGACGCAUUAAAAGAUCUCUCAGAGAGACAAGGAGAGAUAGAUGCUCUGGAAAAUAAGGCAGAGUCAUCAGAAACAUCUGACUGUGAAUGGAACACGUCAUCCAGAUAUGUAAGACCUCGCAUAUUCUGCCUCGAACACACUAUUGAACUUCAGAGACUGUUGCAGUCAAGAGGUGGACUGAAGUUCCUUGUAAUUUGCCAUAAAGACUUUCAGAAAUUUAAGGCGCAUGCGGCUAUAGUGGCAGAGGAAGUGAAAGUCCCUUUCAGAUAUGACGAUGUCUUGUUAGAGAGUGCGUCUAAAGAAGAGUUGAGUCUAAUUGAUCUAGCAAUCGAAGGUGAAGAAAACAACGAACACGGCGCAGACUGGACCUCCAAACUCGGCAUAAACUUACGGUACUGUGUCAAAGUGAGGAAAAAUUCGCCUACUAAUAAGAUUCAGCAUGCGCUGUCGCUAGGUGGCUUGUUCUCGGACUCGAGCCAUGUGCUGGAUAUGUCAACUAUCAAAUGGCUGCAGCGAAAAUCACGCUCAAAAGCUAAGCCCUGCUCCACGUCAUGUUUCACACCUCGUGAAUUAGGGGAGAAAGGAAGAAAAGAUCACCCAGUACUCGAGAAAGAAGAAGUUGAAUCACAAGGGGGAAGAAAGGAGGAAAAGAUCAUCCAGUACUCGAGAAAGAAGAAGUUGAAUCCCAAUUCCAAUAGGUCACGUCAUGAUAGGGGAGUUGAUUCUGAGGUGAACAAUGAGGUUGGAGACUCUGCUGAUUUAACUUCCGUAACCAGAGAGCACCAGGGACAUUCUGUGACCAGUAAUAACCUCCGUGGUGUUGAUGAAGCGGCUGAAAUGAGCGAUCAAGGGUUCAAAGAAGCUAGAACUACUAACGCUAACAUUGAGGAGGAAGAGCAAUCACAGGUGGUGCUACCUACCAAUAGAGAAGCACAUUCUUCAGCUCAAGUUGGUUUUGAAGUUGCUGAAACCAACAUUGCCAGUGAGAAGAUAGUUGCGGGCAUGGUCCGUGACGAUGAACCUCUGGCAAGCAACGGUGAUCAAGCUUCUUCAAGUGGCUUGCAAGCUGCAGAUAAUGAAAAUAGCACGGAGAGCGAAGUCGCAAGCUCAGGUGACACCAAGGUUGUCGUGGAAGCAAAGAAGAAGCGGAAAAUAGAAAUAGACUCUGAGACGAAUGAUUAUCAUCCAGAGAGUAGCAUUGGUUUCAUAAAGAGUCCUUGUGAAGGGUUGAGGUCAAGGGGCAAGAGGAAAGUGACAUGUGAAAAAACUUCAUUCAAUCUCAAUGAAGCUAGCGAUGAAGAGAAGAAACACACUGCGAAAAGGCUCAAGAAAACUCCAAAUACUGGCUCAACGACAACUCAGCACAACCUUUGUUACCUAGAGGGAUGCAAGAUGACGUUCAAGAGCAAAGCGGACUUAGCAGCUCACAAGAGAAACCGCUGCACGCACGAAGGGUGCGGGAAGAAGUUCAGGGCUCACAAGUAUCUGGUGCUUCAUCAGCGCGUUCAUAACGAUGAUAGACCGUUCGUGUGUCCUUGGAAAGGAUGUUCAAUGAAUUUCAAAUGGCAAUGGGCGAGGACUGAGCAUUUGCGUCUGCACACGGGAGAGCGACCGUACAAAUGCAAAGUCGACGAGUGUGGGCUGUCGUUUAGGUUUGUGUCGGAUUAUAGCCGUCACAGACGGAAGACGGGCCAUUAUGUGACAUAGAGAUUGAGGGGGGGAUGCAAGAGAGGUUAAAAGAGCCUCUCUCUGUGGAAUUAUUGUAAACUUUAGUUCUUGGUUGUUGUUUUACUUUUUAGUUUGAUUGUCUAGUGUUUCAUGUCUCUUUCUGUAGUGUUUCAUUUUUCAUGAAGGUUGCCUCACACUCUUUUGUUUUUGCUUUGUUGUUUUAACUAAGUCACAAUCGGCUUUUAAAAUGGUUGUUAAUGUGAAUGAUUCUCGUACAAAAUC